UCCUGUUAACUUUUCAUGAAUAUCCAGAUAAAACCACUUAUAUCACCUACAAGACAGAUCAUGGCAAUCGGAGUGAAAAAUUUCGACUGGCACGAGCUUUUCCCGAAAGUCAAGAGCAAUGCUGGAGCAAUAGCUGCUAUAUGGGCUCCAAUUGUACUUGUAUAUUUCAUGGAUGCACAAAUCUGGUAUUCUGUUUACUGUUCCAUCUUUGGCGGAGUGUAUGGAAUCCUCCACCAUCUUGGUGAGAUUCGGACGCUAGGAAUGCUGAGAAGUAGAUUUCACACGUUACCUGAUGCUUUCAAUGCUUGUCUUGUCCCACCCCAAGCAAAAGAUACUGGAAACAUUCUAAAGAAUUGGCUCAUCCCUCUGACGUUCCAAAAGAACUUUCACUUUUCAGAAAGGGAAAAGAACAACGUCGUAAAGUUUGUUCUUGUAUGGAACCAAAUCAUCAGUAGCUUCCGGGAGGAGGACGUGAUAAGUGACAGGGAGAUGGAUUUGAUGAAAAUGCCUGUAUUUUCAGAAUUAUUCUCUGGUCGAGUUUGUUGGCCUGUUUUUCUUUUAGCAGAUAAGCUUUCGAAAGCACUAAGUAUUGCACGAGACUUUGAGGGAAAGGAUGAAGUGCUUUUAAGAACAAUAAAGAAGGACACGUACAUGUACAUGGUUGUGACAGAGUGUUAUGAAUCACUGAAAUACAUCCUCGAAAUUCUUGUUGUUGGUGACCUUGAGAGAAGGGUCAUUUCUGGCAUAUUAGAUGAGAUUGAGGAAAGUAUUCAAAGAUCAACACUUCUCAAGGACUUGAAAAUGAGUGAAUUACCGGUUCUAAAUGCUAAGUGUAUUACCUUGCUUGAGCUUCUGAUUGAGGGAAAUGAAAGCCACCAUAAUAAAGUCGUAUUGGCACUUCAAGAUAUCUUUGAGCUCGUAACAAGUGAUUUGAUGUCAAAUGGAUCAAGAACAAUGGAGUUACUUUAUGCUCAACUGCAAAGUGGGGAAGAGGUCGCUGAACUUUUCAGUUGGAUUGAACCACCACUGUUUGCAUCUAAGCAUUCAAUCCAUUUUCCAUUGCCAGAUAGUGGUUCUUUAAUGGAAAAGGUCAAGCGGUUCCGUUUACUGCUUACUGUCGAAGAUAAAGCACUGGAUAUACCGACGAACUUGGAGGCUCGCAGGCGGAUUUCCUUUUUCGCCACUUCUCUGUUUAUGAACAUGCCUAAUGCCCCAAAGGUGCGGAACAUGUUAUCAUUCAGUGUUUUAACUCCACACUACAUGGAGGAAGUUAAAUUUUCAAAGAAGGAGCUCAAUUCAAGAAAACAAGGGGUCGCUAUCCUUUUCUAUAUGAAAAACAUAUUUCCAGAUGAAUGGGAAAACUUUUUGGAGCGCAUGGAAAGGGAAAGAUCAGAUGAAUCUAAUGAUGAACUCGAAGAAGAAGAACGAAAUUGGGCUUCUUUCCGAGGGCAAACUCUAAGCAGAACAGUCCGAGGAAUGAUGUAUUACAGGAAAGCGCUGAAGUUGCAAGCUUUUCUUGACAUGGCUGAGGAUGAUGAUAUCCUCCAAGGUUAUGAUGCAAUUGAGAAGAAAAAUGAUACAUUAUCAGCUCAACUUGAAGCCUUAGCAGACAUGAAAUUUACACAUGUUGUGUCUUGUCAAAUAUAUGGAUCACAGAAGAACUCUGGCGACCCUCAGGCCAAAGACAUACUUGAUUUGAUGAUAAGGUACCCUUCCUUGCGUGUUGCUUAUGUUGAGGAGAAAGAAGAAAUUACGGCAGACAAGCCGCGAAAAGUUUAUUCAUCUAUUCUAGUUAAAGCUGUUAACGGUUUUGACCAGGAAGUAUACCGCAUAAAGCUUCCUGGCCCACCAAAUAUUGGAGAGGGGAAACCGGAAAAUCAAAAUCAUUCCAUAAUUUUCACACGUGGUGAAGCUCUCCAAACCAUUGACAUGAACCAGGAUAGCUAUUUAGAAGAAGCUUUGAAAGUGCGAAAUAUCUUGCAAGAGUUCCUGAAAGAUCAUGGUCGGCGGCAUCCCACGGUACUUGGCAUGAGAGAGCACAUAUUUACAGGAAGUGUUUCUUCUUUAGCUUGGUUUAUGUCCUAUCAAGAGACCAGUUUUGUUACCAUUGGCCAGAGGCUUCUGGCUAAUCCACUCAGGGUCAGGUUCCAUUAUGGGCACCCGGAUUUGUUUGACCGAGUAUUUCAUUUGACAAGAGGUGGCAUUAGCAAAGCAUCCAAAACAAUCAACUUGAGCGAAGAUGUUUUUGCAGGAUUUAACACAACUCUGAGACGGGGAUAUGUCAUGUAUCUUGAGUACAUGCAAGUCGGAAAAGGCCGUGAUGUAGGCCUUAACCAGAUUUCAAAGUUUGAAGCUAAAGUUGCCAAUGGAAACAGCGAACAAACAAUCAGCCGUGAUAUAUACCGCCUUGGUCAUAGAUUUGACUUCUUCCGAAUGCUCUCGUGUUAUUUUACAACCGUUGGCUUCUACUUCAACAGCCUGCUAUCAGUGAUUACGAUAUAUGUGUUUCUAUACGGGCAGCUGUACCUGGUAUUAAGUGGUCUACAAAGAGCGCUUCUCAUUGAGGCGAAAUUGCAAAACAUAAAAUCACUGGAAACAGCUCUAGCCUCUCAGUCAUUUAUCCAGCUUGGACUUUUAACGGGUUUACCAAUGGUCAUAGAGUUGGGACUUGAGCGAGGGUAUCUUAAUGCCCUUAAAGAUUUUGUUCUCAUGCAAUUGCAACUGGCUGCUGUUUUCUUUACUUUUUCCUUUGGAACAAAAUCUCACUAUUAUGGCAGAACAAUUCUUCAUGGGGGUGCCAAGUAUAGACCCACUGGUCGUAAAGUUGUGGUUUUUCACGCCAGCUUCACCGAAAAUUAUAGACUUUACUCUAGGAGUCACUUCAUCAAAGGAUUUGAACUUCUGCUUCUGUUGAUUGUUUAUGAUUUGUAUAGGCGAUCAUACGAGAGCAACAUUGCAUAUGUUUUAACAACUUAUGCGAUAUGGUUCAUGUCAUUGACUUGGUUGUUUGCGCCAUUUCUAUUUAAUCCUUCUGGAUUUGACUGGGGCAAGAUAAUGGAUGACUGGAAAGAUUGGAACAAGUGGAUCAAUCAGCAAGGUGGUAUAGGGAUACAACAAGACAAAAGUUGGCAGUCUUGGUGGAAUGACGAACAAGCUCAUCUUCGUCAUGCAGGGCUAUUUUCUCGGUUAAUUGAGAUACUCCUUUCACUAAGAUUUUUCCUUUACCAGUAUGGACUGGUGUAUCACCUAGACAUAUCCGGCUCCCAUAAAAAUUUCCUGGUCUAUGUGCUCUCAUGGGUUGUCAUUGCUUUUAUUUUCCUCUUGGUCAAGGUGCUGAAUAUUGGAAGGCGGAUUUUAAGUGCAAACCAUCACUUAACUUUCCGGCUGUUUAAAGCUUUUAUUUUCCUAGGAGUUGUGGCUACUAUUAUUACCCUGUCAAUCAUAUGUCAUCUGUCCGUGAAAGACUUGAUUGUCUGCUGUCUAGCUUUUCUACCAACUGGUUGGGGCUUCAUAUUGGUUGGGCAAGCAGUGAGACCCAAGAUUGAAGGUACUGGAUUAUGGCACUUCACUCGGGUGUUUGCUCGGGCUUAUGACUAUGGAAUGGGUGUAGUUCUUUUUGCACCUAUAGCUUCAUUGGCUUGGCUUCCAGUAAUUUCAGCUUUCCAAACUCGGUUUCUGUUUAAUGAGGCUUUCAGUAGGAGGUUGCAAAUUCAGCCAAUUCUCGCAGGAAAGAAGAAUCAUUAGUGAUACAACUCGGUCACUACAUAACUUGCACGUGCAUAUACUUCAUUUUUUAGUACUAUAGAAGAGCAAGAUGUCUACAUAAUUUUGUAAAAACAUCUUGUCAUGUGGAUAGGGUAGCAUUAGGUUAUAUUUUUUUUAUGUAUAGAUAUACUACUUUGACAAGGUACAGUACAUAGACAUUGAUGAAUA